CGGGCCCCGCCUCAGAUUAGACGCACAUAUGAUGUUACAGCCAAAUUAACCUCUAUAUCGAAAUCAAAUGAGGAAGAGAGAGGUGCUUUAGAGAGAGCACCAGCCAUACUGUUUCUAUUGGCUCUCGUAUGUCCGCGACUGUGAUUAAACUUUGACUACGUGAGCGUCGCGAGCGGGUUGCUUUUACAGACAAAUCAGGAAUGGUCCUUCCGCUUCCCAAGAAAAAAACUAAACGGAAGUUAAACUGGUAGGCCCCUGUGUGUGGGGGUCAUCUUCCCCUUAGCUGUCAGCUGCUGUCCGUCGAGUAGAAGACCAACGCUUCCUGUUUCCUGAAGCCCUGCCUUCUGGAUCAGGUUUAUAGAAAGUUGUCCGGUCUGUUCUCGGCUGUUGGGGGAAGUGAAGGGGCCAGAAUCCUAGUGUGUCCUAUUUCCCAGGCAAUGAAGCUGCAGGCGGUGAUGGAGAACCUGCACAGACAGCAGAGAGCCAAACUGCUGAUGGAGCAGGCGGGGCAAUCGCAUAGCCCCGCCCCUGCAGGGGAGGAGCUGAAAGCAAUCUCUGUCUCUGAAACAGAGCAGGCACAGAUGGAGGCGCUAGCAGCAAUGCGUGCGGUAGCAGCUGGACUUCAGAGGGCCGACAGCCCCAUGUCUGAACACAGCAGUGGAGGAGAUGAAGUUGAUGAGGAGGAGGAUGAAGAGGAAGGGGAGGAGCAAUAUAAAGAUAUGAUGGGGUCUGAUGAGGAAGAGCAGAUAAAACGGAAAUGGGAUGAAGAUGACUUUGAGGAUGAGAUGGAAGACGACUAUGAUGACGAUCUAGGUGAUGAAGGGCUACCUCCGGGCCGUGAGGCCGUCACCCCAGGCAGAGGCAUCCUCUACUUAUCCCACCGCCAUUUACACCCUCACUCCCAGCUUCUUAAGGCUCAGCCUGGUUCUGAAAGUGAACCGCGGGCAUUGACUCACUCCGCUCAUUCAUCCCACGGGCCGCUCCAUGGACAGGACCACGCAGACUGGACCUAUGAGGAGCAGUUCAGACAGCUCUAUGAACUGGACAGUGACCCAAAGAGGAAGGAGUUCCUGGAUGAUCUGUUCAGCUUUAUGCAGAAGAGAGGGACUCCAGUGAACAGGAUUCCCAUCAUGGCCAAGCAGGUGCUGGACCUCUACAUGCUGUACCAGCUGGUGACAGAAAAGGGUGGUCUGGUGGAGGUCAUAAAUAAAAAGUUGUGGAGGGAGAUCACAAAGGGCCUGAACUUGCCGACCUCCAUCACCAGCGCUGCCUUCACUCUCAGAACACAAUAUAUGAAGUAUCUGUAUCCUUACGAAUGUGAUAAGAGGGGUCUCAGCAACCCCAAUGAGCUGCAGGCAGCCAUCGACAGUAACCGGCGAGAGGGACGCAGGCAGGGCUUCGGAAGCUCGCUCUUCUCCUACUCGCCCAAUGGGACACCCGCCAUGCUCUCCGCACACAAACUCUCCAUGCCUCCCAUGGGCAUCACCCUGCCCAGCAACGGAGCCUCAGUCUCAUCCUUACAGAAAAUUAAGAAAGAGGAUGACGGGGUUCAGACUCGUCUGCCUGCGUCUCUGGCCAAUCAUUCGGUAGCUGCGGCCCAGGCUGCGGCUGCACAGGCUGCCACCAUCGCACAGGUAGCUGCACUGGAGCAGCUGCGGGACAAGCUGGAGUCCGGCGAGCCCCCAGAGAAGAAGAUUGCACUACCACUGGAGGAACACCAGCGGCUACUGCAGAGAGCCCUUCAGCACAACCUGCUGGCCAUGACAGCACAGAUCCCCAUGAACAUCCGCAUCAACAACCAAGAGAGCAGGCAAGACUCGGCCAUGAACCUGACCACCAAUGGCCUAAACAGCAUCAGCAUGUCAUUGGAGCUCAAUGGAGUCGUCUACACUGGUGUUCUCUUCGCCCAGGCCACGGCGCCGACCUCAUCAGGGGCAUCCAACAAAUCUUCCUCAGGCAACAGCGGGCCUCAAUCUGUUCACCACACACCUACCUCAUCCUCCAACAACCAAUCGCCUUAGCACCUCAGACUCUCUCCGUCAGUGUAAAAACCAAAGCCAAACAACCUCAGUUACUACAGAAGAUAUGCCAAAAAAAAACAGUGCAGGAAUAACUGAAUCGUUCUCCACUUGAAGUACACUAGCUCAGGUCUUUUAUUUACACUCUCCUUUGUUUAGGAGUCAAAAGAAAUCUAAAAUAACAGAGUUUAUUAUAAAGAUAAUGAUAUAAUGUAUAUGCAAAACCUGUGAAUAAUUUAUUUCUCUUUCUGUGAGCACACUGUCUGGCGUUAACAAGGCUGUAGGAUUCUGCUUUUUAGGGUUUUAUCAUCUCUGACUGACAAAAGCUUUUAAUUAAUAGGCAAACCCAUAACAAUAGUAUUAUUGUUAUAAUGUGUAAUGCAAACAGCUUGAGGGUCUGAACUAAUAAUAUAUUGUUGUAGAUUUGAUUUUCUCUGUAUAUGUAUCUGCAGUGCCUUGAAGGUUUUUCCUUAGCACAGUUUGAAUGCGCUGUUGACAUGCGGAUGUCUGAACAUCAGCACGAACACAAUACAAAGUGUGUAAUUGUCGGAAUUUUUACUGUUUUUCAGCUGUUUGGUUUCCAAUCUCAGAGCUUAAUAUCAGUCAAUUAAGGUUAAUUUCUAAGGGAUAGUUAACCCAAAAAUAAAAACUCAUUUACUCAAUAAUAAGAUGUUUCAAACCUGUAUGAGUUUCUUCUGCUGAACAGAAGAACGAUUUUGAAGAAUGUAAUCAAACAGUUUCUGGUCACCAUUGACUUUUAUGACCGUUAUGAAAGUCAAAGGGGACCAACAACAUUCUUCUAAAUAUCUUCUUUUGUGUUCAGCAGAAGAAAGAAAUUCAUAUAGGUUUGGAACAACGGAAGUUUAAUUUUUGGGAGAACUGUCCCUUUAAGGAGCUGAUUUAGACAUGCAUUUGUAGAUAUGUAUACUUGCAUGCAUACCCUGUUUUCAUGUUUCUUGUUUAUUUAAUGUUUGCAUCUUCACGACAGCUGGCAAACUCUGGAGGCCACGUUCUCCUUUAGCCUUGCAAAGAUUGCUGAGGUAUUGCAGGUAUUGAGUCCGAAUGUACCUGGACCUUACUUUUGACCCAUAGUUGCUCUAAAGGUUAUGUGGAAAGAGUUCAGAGGUUGUUUUACUUGCAUUUGUGUUGAAUUUUUGCAGAGCUUUCUCUCAGAUCAACAGUUUGGCUGAAAAUAAUUACAGUUUGACUCAAAGCAUGACAGUAUAAUAGAUUUAUUUUUAAGGUUUGAACAAACAAAUCAUCUUGUGUUUAAUUUCUUCACUAACUGAAGAUCUUUAGUUUGUCACUUCAUCAGGCGUUUUAGCGUAAUAUAAUGCGGUUUUGAGGGGUCCAACAAUGCAGCCCUUGCUUCAUCAAGCAGGCCAGUUUCUGCUUAUGUAUUGUGCUCUGUAUCUGUAUUUUUAACACAAAAUCCAACAGCGCAAACCAGAGGAAAUUACAUUGGGAAGUUUUGAAAGUGAUUUGAGAAAAAUUAAGUUUUCUUUUCUGAAGGGAUUUGAAGGAUGUGGUUUCCUGUGUAUAGAGAUGAUAGAUCAUCAACCGUUCCGGUCAGUAAGAAGCUCUUUUAUAAACAUGUAGCUACAGUUUAUGAAUUAUGCCAAGCUCUUCUAGCAUUACACUGUAUGCAAGGUCAAAUACCCACUUGGUGGGCAUCUAGGGGUGAAUCAUUUUUGACACAAACAUGGUCGUCUAGCAACUACCGUCUUCGCUCAUAUAAAGUUGAAUGAUUAUUUGGUGUUUCAUAGGCGAUAUGGAAAUAGGGUUUCUUGAAACUUAAAGCCUUAUUUUUUAUCCAAAACAGCUUGCAGGUAAAACUUGAGAAACUUGAAGUUAAAUGCCUUGAUCCCAUUUUGGGGUCAAACUUGCAGCCUUUGCUUUUACAGCCGAGAUCCUGAACUGUCAAGCUACCAACUGUUAGCGCUCACUCUUGAAGCCUUGCAUAUAACCCUUACCAGGACCACAGUUGCUGUACAGUCUAGAAAAUGUUACCGUUUCUGUCUGUAUUCUACAAUAUUAUAGUUUUUUUUCUUUGUUUAUAUAAGGACACCUCAUUAUAACACACUUAAAAGACAUUACUGCCAGAAUCUCUACCUCAAAAACUAAUUUAUCAGCUAAGAAUCAUUUGCAAGCCUUGCCAGUUUGUCACCUUUCACAUGGAUCUACCGGCUGUGAGGCAGAACAGGACAUAUAUAUAUAUCCACUUUUAUUCUUUGAAUUUGACUUUAUAAUGAAUUAGCCAUGAUAUCCAGCCCCUUUUUGCUUGUAACUGUAAAAACGGCACAUUUUUCUUCAAUACACAUCUUAAAGAGAAUUUGUUCUCAUUUUUUAUCUGCCGGCCUGCAUUUUAGAAUCAAAUCCCUCAACUUUGAAGUGACACAUUCAUAUAAGAGUAGAUCUUUAAUUGUAAUGGCCAUUACCAGUGUUGUUUUGUUUUGGGUCUGGGAAACAGUACUGUUACCACAGGGAGUAAGACAGAUGCACGUAACACCCAUUUGAAGCCGUUAGUUUCCAUGAUCGGGAUGUCAAGUCUGUUUUAACUCUGAUGUAUGCCUUAAUGUAUGCAAAUUUUAAUAUUGCAUGCUAACGUAGUCAACUUUAUUGCAAGGACAACCAAAAUUGCUGUACAAUAAACCUUCUCUGUUAUUGCA